UUUUUUAGCAGUAGAUAGCAUCUUAUAAUAAACUUAAGACGAUUUUAAAUAUAUGUAUAAGAUCGUGUCAGGAAUAUUGUUCUUGCAGUUUUCAAUACAAGCCCCCUGUUUUCGAAUCGUGAAUCCGGCACGGAUAAAAAUAACAUAACCUGCAAACGGUGGAAAUUCAAAUUUCUUUUCAUCUGAGUACCGGUAUCGUAAUAUGAUAUCGUCGAAUACCGAUGCUGAGAAAGAAAUUGAAGAUCCUGUCGAGCGGAUGCUGAAGAAAACCGGUUGCAUAGAAUUGCACUAUCAAGUUCAAGAAUGCAUAGCCGAGCAUCAAGAUUGGAGAAAGUGUCAGAAUGAAGUGAAAAAGUUUAAAGAGUGCAUGGCUAAGCAUACAGAGCAACAAAGAUCAAGAUGUCAGUAAUAAUUAUUCGUUUGUAAAAGAUUGU